AUGCUAUCCAAGGCGGCGAAGGCCGAGCUGCUCCAAUUCGACGUCGACCGUCCUCGAGGUCAAAUCACUUUUAUUGCAUUGGAGCUUGUUGCUUUAGUAGGUGAAGUGACCAAUUUUAUUGCCAUUCUGUUCACGAAUGGCUGGGGUGACCUUGGUAAACUGCCUGCCCUCGUGAAGUUGGUUUCCUGGGGUUACAUAUUAUUCCUGGUGUUGGUUCGAUUUCUUUCGAUCUUCGGGCUGCAUUCAUUUCCCAGGCUCUGGGAUCACACAGCUGCUUUGUAUGGGCUGCAAUGGCUCUUUACCGUAUUUGUUUUCCGGUCUUCCGUCAUCCAUCCGAUAUCAAGGCGUGCAUUAAGCUUUAGUGCUAUCGAGUUCUUGUUGUCUACCUUUCUCUUUCUUAUUGCCUUGACCACUCGUAGAGGGAAUAAGACAGUUUUGGUUCCACGUGAAGAUGGACUUCAGCCGGCAAGACACUCAACUGCGAGCUUGCUAUCUCUUUUCACAUUUUCCUGGCUUGACCCUCUCGUCUACAAAGGCUGCAGACAAACUCUUGAGCUCGAAGACGUCUGGAAUUUAACGAAGUCCCAGAAGGCCGCAACAGUACUGGAGGGUUUUCGCUGCAAACAGUACAAAGGGUCAUUAACCUGGAAGCUCUUGCGUUACUUCGCUGGCACCCUCCUGAUGCAAGGUGCAUGGACUAUCCUUUCGAGCUUUUUCACCUAUCUUCCCACAAUUCUUCUCAGGGUAAUUGUACAAUACGUUGAGGAUCCGAGGUCCACCACGGCGAAUGCUGCCUGGUUGUACGCCAUAUUGUUGCUUUGUUUCGGAGCGAUCCAGGGAAUAGCCGAUGGACAGGCCCUCUUCAUCGGGCGCAUGCUCGGCGUGAAACUUCGUGCUAUCAUUAUCGGCGAGAUCUAUGCCAAAGCCCUUAGACGAAAGGCCGUUGCAGCCGUCGACUCGACGCAAAAGAUAACAGACGACUCUCCUACAGGUAACAAAAAGAAGGAUGUUUUUUCUUUUGGCCGUAAGAAGAGGGCCGCAACUGAUCCGGAAACGAGCCCAGGAGGUGUGAAACCAGAAGCCGAGGACGCGACUCAGCUGGCGAACGUCGGGACGGUCAUCAACUUAAUGGCGAUUGAUUCCUUCAAAGUUAGUGAGGUGGGCGCCAAUCUACAUUUCCUAUGGGCUAGCGUGCCAGUGCAGAUUAUUAUCGCUGUCUCACUCUUGUAUCGGCUGCUAGGGUUCAGCUCGUUUGCUGGUAUUAUCAUUAUGGUCCUAUUACUACCCAUAAAUAUCCUCAUUGCAAAGCAAUUUACGAAGAUACAAAACCAGAUCCUAAAGGGUACCGAUGCACGCAUCCACGCUACAAAUGAGAUCCUCCAAAACAUACGCAUUAUAAGAUAUUUUGCAUGGGAACAGCGGUUCCAGGAUAUUGUGGAUGAAAAGCGAAAAGCGGAACUUAAAGCCUUACGCUUCCGUUACAUCCUCUGGUCUGUGAUAGCAAUAGUCUUUUUUGGGACGCCGAUUCUCAUUACUUUCGCCUCCUUUUUCCUGUACACCGUUGUUGAGAAGAAGGACUUGACGCCCUCAGUGGCAUUCCCUGCCUUGUCCCUGUUCACGCUCCUCCGUGUCCCCCUUGACCAGCUUGCCGACAUACUAGCCCACGUUCAAGAAUCGAAAGUUUCUCUGGAGCGAGUGGACAAGUAUUUGAACGAGGAAGAAACCGAUAAGUACGUUCAGUUAGAGCCCGAGGAGAUCAGCGAACAGCCUUCUAGGAUCGCACUUGACAAUGCUACCCUUACCUGGGGUUCUAUCAAGGGUCGGUACUGGGAUGGUACGCCAGAUAAAACCCCUGCCGCGUUCCGUUUAAUCGACCUCAAUGUAUCUUUCCACGUCGGGCGUCUUAAUAUUAUCUCAGGGUCUACGGGCUCAGGGAAGACAUCCCUCCUGAUGGCUUUAAUUGGAGAAAUGAAGCUCCUGAAAGGGCGGGUUUGUUUGCCAGGUGGAACUGUUAGCAGGGCAGAGCUUCCAGUGGAUCCCCAGACAGGCCUUAUAGAAAGCGUUGCAUACUGUGCACAGGAAGCGUGGCUCGUGAAUGACACUGUAAAGGAAAAUAUUGUUUUUGCAUCUUCAUUUAAUCAACGGCGCUACAAUGCUGUGAUCAAAGCAGGCGCUCUGGAACGAGAUUUGGCCGUCCUUCAUGCUGGUGACCAAACAAUGGUUGGGGAGAAUGGAGUCAGUCUCUCAGGAGGCCAGAAGCAACGAAUUUCUCUCGCACGCGCUAUCUAUAGUAGAGCCCGGCACAUCCUCUUAGAUGACUGUCUUAGUGCUGUCGACUCCCAUACAGCAAAGCAUAUCUUCAAAGAAGCUAUCGUGGGGUCUUUGAUGGUAGACCGCACUUGCAUACUUAUUACACACAAUAUUGCCUUGACUGUCCCACACGCACACCAUGUUGUUGUUCUUGAGAAUGGUAAAAUCGCCGCACAGGGCCAUCCGGACGAGGUAGCAGCUUCAGGCGCCUUUGGUGACAAUCUCCUUAAAUCUAGACCAGUCUCCAGAUCAAGUUCCCAAUGUUCAUAUCGCAGGCAUACGGGUCGGGAAGAACAGCACGAAGAGGACUUAGAUACGGCCAACAGUUCUGCUGUCAACAGUUCGACUGAUCAGGGUAUUAAAGGAAACGAUGCGCACCCGAGGCUCGUGGAGUCAAAGGCGGUUGGUAGUGUCCAAUGGUCAACUAUCAAGAUGUACCUUAAGUCUAUGGGCUCCUGGUAUUACUGGGCCUGUGCUCUGCUUGUCUUCUCGCUGCAGCGGUUAGGCUCGGUGUCCACAAAUAUUUGGAUAAGACAGUGGGCAAAUUCCUACCGUACUGAGGCUGCAGUGACUGCAGAUGCGGGCAACUAUGCUGCGAUGACAAAUUUGAAAUUUCCAUCUCUUAACAUUGGGGGUGUUCCAUGGACUUCAGCCUCAAGCAGCUCUCAACAUAGCACGCAGGUAUCAAUCAGUGCUUCAGCUGAUGUGAAUGUCUUUUACUAUCUUGGUGUUUAUGCGCUUCUUGGCGCCGUUUAUCUUUUAAUCUCGUUUACGAGGGAGGCCGUCCUUUUCUGGGGUUCUCUGCAUGCGUCUAUGAAAAUCCACAAUCGUCUUUUGAAGGCUGUGAUGCAUGCGAAAUUCAAGUUCUUUGAUUCCACUCCUCUAGGCCAAAUAAUGAACAGAUUCUCAAAGGAUGUCGAAGCGGUUGAUCAGGAAGUAGCCCCUGUGGUAAUUGGUAUGCUCCACUUCUUAGCAUCGGUUAUUAUAAUCGUGGUUCUUAUUUCUGUUAUCACACCUGGAUUUUUGGUUGCAGCAGUAUUCAUUACGCUUAUCUACUUUACUCUGGGUGCUGUUUACUUGAAUUCCUCUCGCGAUCUCAAACGACUAGAAUCUGUGCAACGGAGUCCUUUAUACCAGCAGUUUGGUGAAACGCUCAAUGGCAUCGUUACCAUUCGUGCAUAUGGCGAUGGACCGAGGUUUAUCGUGGACAAUCACCGUCGGAUAAACAACUACAAUCGGCCACACUUUUACCUCUGGGCUAUUGAUCGGUGGCUGGCACUCCGUGUUGAUAUUACGGGAGCCUCGAUAUCAUUUUUUACUGCCGUUUUCAUCAUCGCGAACAUUGGCAAAGUAGACGCCGGUGCUGCUGGACUUUCAUUGACAUAUGCAGUCACGUUCACAGAGAACGUCUUGUGGCUGGUCCGGCUUUAUUCUGAGGUUCAACAAAACAUGAACUCCGUUGAGCGCGUAAAUGAAUAUUUAGGUGUUGAGCAAGAAGCGGUGGCGGUCAUCGCCGAUUCAAGACCACCGGCCAACUGGCCAAGCCAUGGCGCAGUCGACUUUUCCAGCUACACCACUCGAUAUAGGGCUGAUCUUGAUCCGGUUCUGCAAAACAUCUCUUUUACCGUACAAGCUGGUGAGAAAGUUGGCAUUGUUGGACGUAAUGGUGCUGGCAAAAGCUCGCUUGCUCUUGCUCUUUUCCGUGCGCUUGAAGCAGAGAAGGGACGCAUAUACAUUGACGGCAUAGAUAUCAGUGCUAUUGGCUUGAAAGACUUACGAGAGUCAAUCACCAUUGUUCCUCAAGAUCCCACACUUUUCACCGGCACUAUACGGAGCAAUUUGGAUCCGUUUGGUAUGUUGACUGAUGAACAGAUUUUUACUGCACUUCGGCGCGUGCGCUUGAUUGGCUCCAGCGCCACAGGGACUACAACCCCCCUGACCGGUAUCAAAUAUCUAGAGCCCAGCACGUUGAUAUUGAAUGGUGCCAAUGUGGCUACCCAGGAUAAUAAGAACAUUUUCCUCAGUCUUGAAUAUCCUGUGUCUGAAUCCGGAUUGAACCUUUCUCAGGGCCAAAGGCAGUUACUGUGUCUGGCACGUGCGCUUCUCAAGAAUCCCAAGGUCUUGAUGAUGGAUGAGGCAACGGCUUCUAUCGAUUACAGUACCGACAGCAAGAUCCAAGAGAUGUUACGGGAGCUCCGGGACUGCACAAUCAUCACGAUCGCACACCGGCUGCAAACCAUCAUCGACUAUGAUAAGGUGCUGGUACUGGACCACGGCCGCGUUAUCGAGUUUGACCAUCCCUGGACGCUGAUAAACAAGACGGAUGGCCUCUUUCGAAGUAUAUGUGAAAACAGUGGCAACAUGGAAUUUCUGCUGGAUGGAGCGAAGAAGGCAUGGGAACAGAAACGUCUAGUAGAUGACUCAUAG